AUGAAGCUUCUCUACCCUCACCCUCCCCUUCCCUCCUCUCCCCUCCUCCUCAUCACUCCCAUCACUAUCAUCACUGCCACCACUCCCGUUCUCAACCUCAUCCUCCUCCUUUGCUCGUUCCCGCGCAUCAGCCCCAGCUUGUUUUUUCGCUGCACCUUUCCCUUCCCUCUCCUCUCUAUCUCCCACAUCCCCUCUCCCUGCUUUCUCCCCUCUCCGCCCACCCUCACUCGCUCCCCCAUGCUUCCCAAACCUUCUCUGUUUCUCCAACACUCUUCUCCUCAUCAGCUCAUCAAAACUCGCUUCCUCCCCCUCAUCUUCCCCUUCCCCCUCACCUCCCCUCUCUCCCUCACCUCCUCUCUCCUCCCUGCCUCUCCUCUCCCUUCCCCAUUCCUCUCCCUUCUUACCUCUCAUGAUCUCACCCUCACCACCAGCUCCCUCCCUGUGUCUGUCAUUGUCUUUCCCUCUAACAAGCCUAUCCCGUUCUAUCCCCUCUUCUCUCUCCCUUUCUCUUCCUCCCUCUCUUCGCCCAUUCUCCUCCUCUUCCUCUUCCCCUUCUGCGUCCCCUCCCCGUCCAGCCAGCUUCUGUUGAACUGCUUCCGCUGUUUCCUGUGUGCAACAAAGCGAAAUUCGCUUCUUCCAGUUGAACCUCCUCCACUUGAGUGUCCGGAAGCCCUCGGCCAUUUUCCCCUCCCUUCAAUCUCAACCCUAUACUCACAGCCAGCAAGCGUGUUUGAAGAAGUGUUUGAAGAAGUGUUUGAAGAAGUGUUUGAAGAAGUGUUUGAAGAAGUGUUUGAAGAAGUGUUUGAAGAAGUGUUUGAAGAAGUGUUUGAAGAAGUGUUUGAAGAAGUUGUUUUGAAGAAGUGUUUUGAAGAAGUGUUUGAAGAAGUGUUUGAAGAAGUGUUUGAAGAAGUGUUUGAAGAAGUGUUUGAAGAAGUGUUUGAAGAAGUGUUUGAAGAAGUGUUUGAAGAAGUGUUUGAAGAAGUGUUUGAAGAAGUGUUUGAAGAAGUGUUUGAAGAAGUGUUUGAAGAAGUGUUUGAAGAAGUGUUUGAAGAAGUGUUUGAAGAAGUGUUUGAAGAAGUGUUUGAAGAAGUGUUUGAAGAAGUUGUUUGCCGCCGUGUUUGCCGCCGUGUUUUGCCGCAGUGUUUGCCGCCGUGUUUGCCGCCGUGUUUUGCCGCCGUGUUUGCCGCCGUGUUUGCCGCCGUGUUUGCCGCCGUGUUUUGCCGCGUGUUUGCCGCCGUGUUUUGCCGCCGUGUUUGCCGCCGUGUUUGCCGCCGUGUUUGCCGCCGUGUUUUGCCGCCGUGUUUGCCGCCGUGUUUUGCCGCCGUGUUUGCCGCCGUGUUUGCCGCCGUGUUUGCCGCCGUGUUUUGCCGCCGUGUUUGCCGCCGUGUUUUGCCGCAGUGUUUUGCCGCCGUGUUUUGCCGCCGUGUUUGCCGCCGUGUUUUGCCGCCGUGUUUGCCGCCGUGUUUGCCGCCGUGUUUGCCGCCGUGUGUUUUGCCGCCGUGUUUGCCGCCGUGUUUUGCCGCCGUGUUUGCCGCCGUGUUUGCCGCCGUGUUUGCCGCCGUGUUUGCCGCCGUGUUUUGCCGCCGUGUUUGCCGCCGUGUUUGCCGCCGUGUUGCCGCCGUGUUUGCCGCCGUGUUUUGCCGCCGUGUUUGCCGCCGUGUUUUGCCGCGUGUUUGCCGCCGUGUUUUGCCGCCGUGUUUUGCCGCCGUGUUUGCCGCCGUGUUUGCCGCCGUGUUUGCCGCCUGUUUGCCGCCGUGUUUUGCCGCCGUGUUUGCCGCCGUGUUUUUGCCGCCGUGUUUGCCGCCGUGUUGCCGCCGUGUUUUGCCGCCGUGUUUUGCCGCCGUGUUUUGCCGCCGUGUUUGCCGCCGUGUUUGCCGCCGUGUUUGCCGCCGUGUUUUGCCGCCGUGUUUUGCCGCCGUGUUUGCCGCCGUGUUUGCGUUUUGCCGCCGUGUUUGCCGCCGUGUUUGCCGCCGUGUUUGCCGCCGUGUUUGCCGCCGUGUUUUGCCGCCGUGUUUGCCGCCGUGUUUUGCCGCCGUGUUUUGCCGCCGUGUUUUGCCGCCGUGUUUUGCCGCCGUGUUUGCCGCCGUGUUUGCCGCCGUGUUUGCCGCGUGUUUGCCGCCGUGUUUGCCGCCGUGUUUUGCCGCCGUGUUUUGCCGCCGUGUUUGCCGCCGUGUUUGCCGCCGUGUUUUUGCCGCCGUGUUUGCCGCCGUGUUUUGCCGCCGUGUUUGCCGCCGUGUUUGCCGCCGUGUUUGCCGCCGUGUUUGCCGCCGUGUUUGCCGCCGUGUUUUGCCGCCGUGUUUUGCCGCCGUGUUUGCCGCCGUGUUUGCCGCCGUGUUUUGCCGCCGUGUUUUGCCGCCGUGUUUGCCGCCGUGUUUUGCCGCCGUGUUUGCCGCCGUGUUUGCCGCCGUGUUUGCCGCCGUGUUUUGCCGCCGUGUUUGCCGCCGUGUUUUUGCCGCCGUGUUUGCCGCCGUGUUUUGCCGCCGUGUUUUGCCGCCGUGUUUUGCCGCCGUGUUUGCCGCCGUGUUUGCCGCCGUGUUUGCCGCCGUGUUUGCCGCCGGUUUUGCCGCCGUGUUUUGCCGCCGUGUUUUGCCGCCGUGUUUGCCGCCGUGUUUGCCGCCGUGUUUGCCGCCGUGUUUGCCGCCGUGUUUGCCGCCGUGUUUGCCGCCGUGUUUUGCCGCCGUGUUUGCCGCCGUGUUUGCCGCCGUGUUUGCCGCCGUGUUUGCCGCCGUGUUUGCCGCCGUGUUUGCCGCCGUGUUUGCCGCCGUGUUUGCCGCCGUGUUUUGCCGCCGUGUUUGCCGCCGUGUUUUGCCGCCGUGUUUGCCGCCGUGUUUGCCGCCGUGUUUUGCCGCCGUGUUUUGCCGCCGUGUUUGCCGCCGUGUUUGCCGCCGUGUUUGCCGCCGUGUUUGCCGCCGUGUUUUGCCGCCGUGUUUGCCGCCGUGUUUGCCGCCGUGUUUGCCGCCGUGUUUUGCCGCCGUGUUUGCCGCCGUGUUUGCCGCCGUGUUUGCCGCCGUGUUUGCCGCCGUGUUUGCCGCCGUGUUUUGCCGCCGUGUUUGCCGCCGUGUUUGCCGCCGUGUUUUGCCGCCGUGUUUGCCGCCGUGUUUGCCGCCGUGUUUUGCCGCCGUGUUUUGCCGCCGUGUUUUGCCGCCGUGUUUGCCGCCGUGUUUGCCGCCGUGUUUGCCGCCGUGUUUGCCGCCGUGUUUUGCCGCCGUGUUUUGCCGCCGUGUUUGCCGCCGUGUUUUGCCGCCGUUUUGCCGCCGUGUUUGCCGCCGUGUUUGCCGCCGUGUUUGCCGCCGUGUUUGCCGCCGUGUUUGCCGCCGUGUUUUGCCGCCGUGUGUUGCCGCCGUUUUGCCGCCGUGUUUUGCCGCCGUGUUUGCCGCCGUGUUUUGCCGCCGUGUUUUGCCGCCGUGUUUGCCGCCGUGUUUGCCGCCGUGUUUGCCGCCGUGUUUUGCCGCCGUGUUUGCCGCCGUGUUUGCCGCCGUGUUUGCCGCCGUGUUUUGCCGCCGUGUUUGCCGCCGUGUUUGCCGCCGUGUUUGCCGCCGUGUUUGCCGCCGUGUUUUGCCGCCGUUUUGCCGCCGUGUUUGCCGCCGUGUUUUGCCGCCGUGUUUUGCCGCCGUGUUUGCCGCCGUGUUUUGCCGCCUGUUUUGCCGCCGUGUUUGCCGCCGUGUUUGCCGCCGUUUUUGCCGCCGUGUUUGCCGCCGUGUUUUGCCGCGUGUUUGCCGCCGUGUUUGCCGCCGUGUUUGCCGCCGUGUUUUGCCGCCGUGUUUGCCGCCGUGUUUGCCGCCGUGUUGUUUGCCGCCGUGUUUUGCCGCCGUGUUUGCCGCCGUGUUUUUGCCGCCGUGUUUGCCGCCGUGUUUGCCGCCGUGUUUGCCGCCGUGUUUGCCGCCGUGUUUGCCGCCGUGUUUGCCGCCGUGUUUGUGCCGCCGUGUUUUGCCGCCGUGUUUGCCGCCGUGUUUUGCCGCCGUGUUUGCCGCCGUGUUUUGCCGCCGUGUUUGCCGCCGUGUUUUGCCGCCGUGUUUGCCGCCGUGUUUGCCGCCGUGUUUGCCGCCGUGUUUGCCGCCGUGUUUGCCGCCGUGUUUGCCGCCGUGUUUUGCCGCCGUGUUUGCCGCCGUGUUUGCCGCCGUGUUUUGCCGCCGUGUUUUGCCGCCGUGUUUGCCGCCGUGGUUUGCCGCCGUGUUUUGCCGCGUGUUUUGCCGCCGUGUUUUGCCGCGUUUUGCCGCCGUGUUUGCCGCCGUGUUUGCCGCCGUGUUUUGCCGCCGUGUUUGCCGCCGUGUUGUGCCGCCGUGUUUGCCGCCGUGUUUGCCGCCGUGUUUGCCGCCGUGUUUUGCCGCCGUGUUUGCCGCCGUGUUUGCCGCCGUGUUUGCCGCCGUGUUUUGCCGCCGUGUUUUGCCGCCGUGUUUUGCCGCCGUGUUUGCCGCCGUGUUUUGCCGCCGUGUUUGCCGCCGUGUUUGCCGCCGUGUUUUGCCGCCGUGGUUUGCCGCCGUGUUUGCCGCCGUGUUUGCCGCCGUGUUUGCCGCCGUGUUUGCCGCCGUGUUUUGCCGCCGUGUUUGCCGCCGUGUUUGCCGCCGUGUUUGCCGCCGUGUUUUGCCGCCGUGUUUGCCGCCGUGUUUGCCGCCGUGUUUUGCCGCCGUGUUUGCCGCCGUGUUUUGCCGCCGUGUUUUGCCGCCGUGUUUUGCCGCCGUGUUUGCCGCCGUGUUGCCGCCGUGUUUGCCGCCGUGUUUGCCGCCGUGUUUUGCCGCCGUGUUUGCCGCCGUGUUUGCCGCCGUGUUUUGCCGCCUUGCCGCCGUGUUUUGCCGCCGUGUUUGCCGCCGUGUUUGCCGCCGUGUUUGCCGCCGUGUUUGCCGCCGUGUUUGCCGCCGUGUUUUGCCGCCGUUUUUGCCGCCGUGUUUGCCGCCGUGUUUGCCGCCGUGUUUUGCCGCCGUGUUUGCCGCCGUGUUUUGCCGCCGUGUUUUGCCGCCGUGUUUUGCCGCCGUGUUUUGCCGCCGUGUUUUGCCGCCGUGUUUGCCGCCGUGUUUGCCGCCGUGUUUGCCGCCGUGUUUUGCCGCCGUGUUUGCCGCCGUGUUUGCCGCCGUGUUUUGCCGCCGUGUUUUGCCGCCGUGUUUGCCGCCGUGUUUUGCCGCCGUGUUUGCCGCCGUGUUUGCCGCCGUGUUUGCCGCCGUGUUUUGCCGCCGUGUUUGCCGCCGUGUUUUGCCGCCGUGUUUGCCGCCGUGUUUGCCGCCGUGUUUGCCGCCGUGUUUUGCCGCCGUGUUUUGCCGCCGUGUUUGCCGCCGUGUUUGCCGCCGUGUUUUGCCGCCGUGUUUGCCGCCGUGUUUGCCGCCGUGUUUUGCCGCCGUGUUUGCCGCCGUGUUUUGCCGCCGUGUUUGCCGCCGUGUUUGCCGCCGUGUUUGCCGCCGUGUUUUGCCGCCGUGUUUGCCGCCGUGUUUUGCCGCCGUGUUUGCCGCCGUGUUUGCCGCCGUGUUUGCCGCCGUGUUUUGCCGCCGUGUUUGCCGCCGUGUUUUGCCGCCGUGUUUUGCCGCCGUGUUUGCCGCCGUGUUUUGCCGCCGUGUUUUGCCGCCGUGUUUGCCGCCGUGUUUGCCGCCGUGUUUGCCGCCGUGUUUGCCGCCGUGUUUGCCGCCGUGUUUGCCGCCGUGUUUGCCGCCGUGUUUUGCCGCCGUGUUUUGCCGCCGUGUUUUGCCGCCGUGUUUGCCGCCGUGUUUUGCCGCCGUGUUUGCCGCCGUGUUUUGCCGCCGUGUUUUGCCGCCGUGUUUGCCGCCGUGUUUGCCGCCGUGUUUGCCGCCGUGUUUGCCGCCGUGUUUUGCCGCCGUGUUUUGCCGCCGUGUUUGCCGCCGUGUUUGCCGCCGUGUUUUGCCGCCGUGUUUGCCGCCGUGUUUGCCGCCGGUUUGUGCCGCCGUGUUUUUGCCGCCGUGUUUUGCCGCCGUGUUUGCCGCCGUGUUUGCCGCCGUGUUUGCCGCCGUGUUUGCCGCCGUGUUUGCCGCCGUGUUUUGCCGCCGUGUUUGCCGCCGUGUUUGCCGCCGUGUUUGCCGCCGUGUUUUGCCGCCGUGUUUGCCGCCGUGUUUUGCCGCCGUGUUUUGCCGCCGUGUUUUGCCGCCGUGUGUUUGCCGCCGUGUUUUGCCGCCGUGUUUGCCGCCGUGUUUGCCGCCGUGUUUUGCCGCCGUGUUUGCCGCCGUGUUUUGCCGCCGUGUUUUGCCGCCGUGUUUUGCCGCCGUGUUUGCCGCCGUGUUUGCCGCCGUGUUUGCCGCCGUGUUUGCCGCCGUGUUUUGCCGCCGUGUUUGCCGCCGUGUUUGCCGCCGUGUUUGCCGCCGUGUUUUUGCCCCGUGUUUGCCGCCGUGUUUUGCCGCCGUGUUUUGCCGCCGUGUUUUGCCGCCGUGUUUGCCGCCGUGUUUUGCCGCCGUGUUUGCCGCCGUGUUUGCCGCCGUGUUUGCCGCCGUGUUUGCCGCCGUGUUUGCCGCCGUGUUUUGCCGCCGUGUUUUGCCGCCGUGUUUGCCGCCGUGUUUGCCGCCGUGUUUUGCCGCCGUGUUUGCCGCCGUGUUUGCCGCCGUGUUUUGCCGCCGUGUUUUGCCGCCGUGUUUUGCCGCCGUGUUUUGCCGCCGUGUUUGCCGCCGUGUUUUGCCGCCGUGUUUGCCGCCGUGUUUUGCCGCCGUGUUUGCCGCCGUGUUUGCCGCCGUGUUUGCCGCCGUGUUUUGCCGCCGUGUUUGCCGCCGUGUUUUGCCGCCGUGUUUGCCGCCGUGUUUGCCGCCGUGUUUGCCGCCGUGUUUUGCCGCCGUGUUUGCCGCCGUGUUUGCCGCCGUGUUUUGCCGCCGUGUUUGCCGCCGUGUUUGCCGCCGUGUUUUGCCGCCGUGUUUUGCCGCCGUGUUUGCCGCCGUGUUUUGCCGCCGUGUUUGCCGCCGUGUUUUUGCCGCCGUGUUUGCCGCCGUGUUUUGCCGCCGUGUUUGCCGCCGUGUUUGCCGCCGUGUUUGCCGCCGUGUUUGCCGCCGUGUUUGCCGCCGUGUUUGCCGCCGUGUUUUGCCGCCGUGUUUGCCGCCGUGUUUGCCGCCGUGUUUGCCGCCGUGUUUUGCCGCCGUGUUUUGCCGCCGUGUUUGCCGCCGUGUUUGCCGCCGUGUUGCCGCCGUGUUUUGGCCGCCGUGUUUGCCGCCGUGUUUUGCCGCCGUGUUUGCCGCCGUGUUUUGCCGCCGUGUUGCCGCCGUGUUUUGCCGCCGUGUUUUGCCGCCGUGUUUGCCGCCGUGUUUGCCGCCGUGUUUGCCGCCGUGUUUGCCGCCGUGUUUUUGCCGCCGUGUUUUGCCGCCGUGUUUGCCGCCGUGUUUGCCGCCGUGUUUUGCCGCCGUGUUUGCCGCCGUGUUUGCCGCCGUGUUUUGCCGCCGUGUUUGCCGCCGUGUUUGCCGCCGUGUUUGCCGCCGUGUUUGCCGCCGUGUUUUGCCGCCGUGUUUUGCCGCCGUGUUUGCCGCCGUGUUUGCCGCCGUGUUUGCCGCCGUGUUUGCCGCCGUGUUUGCCGCCGUGUUUGCCGCCGUGUUUUGCCGCCGUGUUUUGCCGCCGUGUUUUUGCCGCGUGUUUGCCGCCGUGUUUGCCGCCGUGUUUGCCGCCGUGUUUGCCGCCGUGUUUGCCGCCGUGUUUGCCGCCGUGUUUGCCGCCGUGUUUUGCCGCCGUGUUUUGCCGCCGUGUUUUUGCCGCCGUGUUUGCCGCCGUGUUUUGCCGCCGUGUUUUUGCCGCCGUGUGUUUGCCGCCGUGUUUGCCGCCGUGUUUGCCGCCGUGUUUUGCCGCCGUGUUUGCCGCCGUGUUUGCCGCCGUGUUUUGCCGCCGUGUUUUGCCGCCGUGUUUGCCGCCGUGUUUGCCGCCGUGUUUUGCCGCCGUGUUUGCCGCCGUGGUUUGCCGCCGUGUUUUGCCGCCGUGUUUGCCGCCGUGUUUUGCCGCCGUGUUUGCCGCCGUGUUUGCCGCCGUGUUUGCCGCCGUGUUUUGCCGCCGUGUUUGCCGCCGUGUUUUGCCGCCGUGUUUUGCCGCCGUGUUUGCCGCCGUGUUUGCCGCCGUGUUUUGCCGCCGUGUUUGCCGCCGUGUUUUUGCCGCCGUGUUUGCCGCCGUGUUUGCCGCCGUGUUUUGCCGCCGUGUUUUGCCGCCGUGUUUGCCGCCGUGUUUGCCGCCGUGUUUGCCGCCGUGUUUGCCGCCGUGUUUGCCGCCGUGUUUGCCGCCGUGUUUGCCGCCGUGUUUUGCCGCCGUGUUUUGCCGCCGUGUUUGCCGCCGUGUUUGCCGCCGUGUUUGCCGCCGUGUUUUGCCGCCGUGUUUGCCGCCGUGUUUGCCGCCGUGUUUGCCGCCGUGUUUUGCCGCCGUGUUUGCCGCCGUGUUUUGCCGCCGUGUUUGCCGCCGUGUUUGCCGCCGUGUUGCCGCCGUGUUUGCCGCCGUGUUUGCGCGUGUUUGCCGCCGUGUUUGCCGCCGUGUUUGCCGCCGUGUUUGCCGCGUGUUUGCCGCCGUGUUUGCCGCCGUGUUUGCCGCCGUGUUUGCCGCCGUGUUUGCCGCCGUGUUUGCCGCCGUGUUUGCCGCCGUGUUUGCCGCCGUGUUUGCCGCCGUGUUUGCCGCCGUGUUUUGCCGCCGUGUUUGCCGCCGUGUUUGCCGCGUGUUUGCCGCCGUGUUUUGUUUGCCGCCGUGUUUGCCGCCGUGUUUUGCCGCCGUGUUUGCCGCCGUGUUUUGCCGCCGUGGUUUGCCGCCGUGUUUGCCGCCGUGUUUGCCGCCGUGUUUGCCGCCGUGUUUGCCGCCGUGUGUUUGCCGCCGUGUUUUGCCGCCGUGUUUUGCCGCCGUGAUUUGCCGCCGUGUUUGCCGCCGUGUUUGCCGCCGUGUUUGCCGCCGUGUUUGCCGCCGUGUUUGCCGCCGUGUUUGCCGCCGUGUUUGCCGCCGUGUUUGCCGCCGUGUUUGCCGCCGUGUUUGCCGCCGUGUUUGCCGCCGUGUUUGCCGCCGUGUUUUGCCGCCGUGUUUGCCGCCGUGUUUUGCCGCCGUGUUGCCGCCGUGUUUUGCCGCCGUGUUUGCCGCCGUGUUUUGCCGCCGUGUUUGCCGCCGUGUUUUGCCGCCGUGUUUUGCCGCCGUGUUUGCCGCCGUGUUUGCCGCCGUGUUUGCCGCCGUGUUUUGCCGCCGUGUUUGCCGCCGUGUUUUGCCGCCGUGUUUGCCGCCGUGUUUGCCGCCGUGUUUGCCGCCGUGUUUUGCCGCCGUGUUUGCCGCCGUGUUUGCCGCCGUGUUUGCCGCCGUGUUUGCCGCCGUGUUUGCCGCCGUUUUGCCGCCGUGUUUGCCGCCGUGUUUGCCGCCGUGUUUGCCGCCGUGUUUGCCGCCGUGUUUGCCGCCGUGUUUGCCGCCGUGUUUGCCGCCGUGUUUGCCGCCGUGUUUGCCGCCGUGUUUGCCGCCGUGUUUGCCGCCGUGUUUUGCCGCCGUGUUUUGCCGCCGUGUUUGCCGCCGUGUUUUGCCGCCGUGUUGCCGCCGUGUUGCCGCCGUGUUUGCCGCCGUGUUUGCCGCCGUGUUUGCCGCCGUGUUUUGCCGCGUGUUUGCCGCCGUGUUUGCCGCCGUGUUUGCCGCCGUGUUUGCCGCCGUGUUUGCCGCCGUGUUUGCCGCCGUGUUGCCGCCGUGUUUUGCCGCCGUGUUUGCCGCCGUGUUUGCCGCCGUGUUUGCCGCCGUGUUUUGCCGCCGUGUUUUGCCGCCGUGUUUUGCCGCCGUGUUUUGCCGCCGUGUUUUGCCGCCGUGUUUGCCGCCGUGUUUGCCGCCGUGUUUGCCGCCGUUUUGCCGCCGUGUUUGCCGCCGUGUUUGCCGCCGUGUUUUGCCGCCGUGUUUGCCGCCGUGUUUGCCGCCGUGUUUGCCGCCGUGUUUUGCCGCCGUGUUUGCCGCCGUGUUUGCCGCCGUGUUUGCCGCCGUGUUUGCCGCCGUGUUUGCCGCCGUGUUUGCCGCCGUGUUUUGCCGCCGUGUUUGCCGCCGUGUUUGCGCGUGUUUGCCGCCGUGUUUGCCGCCGUGUUUGCCGCCGUGUUUGCCGCCGUGUUUGCCGCCGUGUUUGCCGCCGUGUUUGCCGCCGUGUUUGCCGCCGUGUUUUGCCGCCGUGUUUGCCGCCCCGUGUUUGCCGCCGUGUUUGCCGCCGUGUUUGCCGCCGUGUUUGCCGCCGUGUUUUGCCGCCGUGUUUGCCGCCGUGUUUGCCGCCGUGUUUGGCCGCCGUGUUUUGCCGCCGUGUUUGCCGCCGUGUUUUGCCGCCGUGUUUGCCGCUGCCGCCGUGUUUUGCCGCCGUGUUUUGCCGCCGUGUUUGCCGCCGUGUUUGCCGCCGUGUUUGCCGCCGUGUUUGCCGCCGUGUUUGCCGCCGUGUUUUGCCGCCGUGUUUGCCGCCGUGUUUUGCCGCCGUGUUUGCCGCCGUGUUUUGCCGCCGUGUUUGCCGCCGUGUUUGCCGCCGUGUUUGCCGCCGUGUUUUGCCGCCGUGUUUUGCCGCCGUGUUUGCCGCCGUGUUUGCCGCCGUGUUUGCCGCCGUGUUUGCCGCCGUGUUUUGCCGCCGUGUUUGCCGCCGUGUUUUGCCGCCGUGUUUGCCGCCGUGUUUUGCCGCCGUGUUUGCCGCCGUGUUUUGCCGCCGUGUUUGCCGCCGUGUUUGCCGCCGUGUUUUGCCGCCGUGUUUUUGCCGCCGUGUUUUGCCGCCGUGUUGCCGCCGUGUUUUGCCGCCGUGUUUUGCCGCCGUGUUUGCCGCCGUGUGUUUUGCCGCCGUGUUUGCCGCCGUGUUUGCCGCCGUGUUUGCCGCCGUGUUUUGCCGCCGUGUUUGCCGCCGUGUUUUGCCGCCGUGUUUUGCCGCCGUGUUUGCCGCCGUGUUUGCCGCCGUGUUUGCCGCCGUGUUUGCCGCCGUGUUUUGCCGCCGUGUUUGCCGCCGUGUUUGCCGCCGUGUUUUGCCGCCGUGUUUUGCCGCCGUGUUUUGCCGCCGUGUUUGCCGCCGUGUUUGCCGCCGUGUUUUGCGCUGUUUGCCGCCGUGUUUGCCGCCGUGUUUUGCCGCCGUGUUUGCCGCCGUGUUUGGCCGCCGUGUUUGCCGCCGUGUUUUGCCGCCGUGUUUGCCGCCGUGUUUUGCCGCCGUGUUUGCCGCCGUGUUUUGCCGCCGUGUUUGCCGCCGUGUUUGCCGCCGUGUUUGCCGCGUUUGCCGCCGUGUUUGCCGCCGUGUUUGCCGCCGUGUUUGCCGCCGUGUUUGCCGCCGUGUUUGCCGCCGUGUUUGCCGCCGUGUUUGCCGCCGUGUUUGCCGCCGUGUUUGCCGCCGUGUUUGCCGCCGUGUUUGCCGCCGUGUUUGCCGCCGUGUUUGCCGCCGUGUUUGCCGCCGUGUUUGCCGCCGUGUUUGCCGCCGUGUUUGCCGCCGUGUUUGCCGCCGUGUUUGCCGCCGUGUUUGCCGCCGUGUUUGCCGCCGUGUUUUGCCGCCGUGUUUGCCGCCGUGUUUGCCGCCGUGUUUGCCGCCGUGUUUGCCGCCGUGUUGCCGCCGUGUUUGCCGCCGUGUUUUGCGCCCCCUCGUCUCACCCCCUGUGCGGCGGGGGCGGCGCGUGUGGCCCUGUUUUGCGCCCCCUCGUCUCACCCUGCACUUCUUCCCCCCUCUCCUCACCGCCCGCCCGCGCGGGUCUUUGA